AUGCUUAGCUUGAGUUUCACGAGGGCGCCGGAUUCGUGGCGUGAUGUGAUCAUAGCGACGAAGCGGGGGUCAACAAACGAGACAUGGGAGACAUCAGUUCCUUCUGGUAUGAAACAGUUCACCAUUCCCGAGAGAAAUCUGUGCGAACCCUCAAGAUCAAACUUUAAGCUCGAGGCGUGUAGCUCGUUGGAUCCGGCAGAGGCGUUCUUAUUCUGCAAUGGCUACCAGAAGUCUGCGGGUGUUCGGGAGGAUAUAUGCAGAGUCGCGGGACUGGAUAUCCAUCAUCGUAAUACACUGGGAGCUUCCCGUCCUCCCCGUCCACAAACAACCUGGGAGAGCACCCUCUUGCUCGACUCCAUUACCAUUAUCCUCCUUACCUCGCAAUACUAUGAUGCUGAAUAUGCCGUUAAACGCGAAGACUACCCACCGGUCAAGAGUCUGACAACAUAUCACGAACAUGCGGGCAAGAAUGGCGACUCCCCGUCCGCAGAAUUAAGGAUCUGCCGCUCUGCGCCAAUGAUACCGCCGUUCCAAGCGCACGCUACCUGUUUAAGGGGAUAUAUGAGUCAUGAGUACGAUGUUCUGGACUUUGAUGGUAGUCCGGCACUGGGCGAACGUGAUAUACCACUUCAAACGAAGCCUGGGAAAUGUCUUCGUUGCCCGAAAUAUAAGAUUACUCUACCUACCUUCUUGAUUCACCACAGGUAUGUCUUCAACAGGAAUGAUAGAACGUUAGCCCAAAACGUUGCGCAUUCUCAUUGUCGAGGAAUGUUUUCGGUCUGCUUCGUGCCAGGGGCUAGCGAUGAAGAUUUGAUGGCUGCUACGAUGAACGCCAACGAUUCUAGUAUGAGCAAAGGGAAAUUGUUUCGGAAUAUUUCCAUUGGCAUCAAAUCUAAUGGGGAGGAUGUGGGAUCAUAUGCGGCGUCCAUGCUGGUAGGAGACGUACUGCGGGACUGA